AUGAAGAAGAAACAUAAUGUGUUUGAGAAGGUGGCAGAGCUAUUGGAAACAGCAAGGAUGCUGGAAGAGAAGGAUAUGGCACUGGCAUUAAGGGUUUCCCCCUCCACCAUUGAUUUUCUUCCUUUUAACAACCAGAGAUGUGGGGAGGGGGCCGGGGCCCUCCCGGCGCGCCAGGACUUUCAUUUACCUGUUCUCAUACCUGACGUUCCUUCUUCACCAAGAAAUGAACUUCCUGCGGACUGGAGUAUUAAAACACGACUUCUUUUUAUGUCUUCCCAACCUUUUACCUGGGCAGAACAUUUAAAAGCGCAAGAAGAAGCUCAAGGAUUUGCCCAACACUGCAGAGCAACAGAAACAAACUUGCCACAGUGCGUACAGGAACCAAAAAUGUCCACAGAACUCCGUUGUGCCUUUCAGCAAAGUCUCAUUUACUGGCUUCACCCUUCACUGCCUUGGCUGCAGCUGUUUCCUCGCAUUGGAGCAGAUAGAAAAAUAGCAGGAAAGGCUAGUCCUUGGUCACAGGAUGAAGCCUUGCAGCAGGUGCUAAUGAGUGAAUGGUCUGUCAGCUUUACUUCUCUGUACAAUCUGCUCAAAGCCAAACUGUGUCCCUACUUUUAUGUAUGCACCUACCAGUUUACUGUCCUGUUUCGUGCAGCUGGUCUUGCAGGAAGCGAUGUUAUUACAGCUGUCAUUUCUCCCACAACUAGAGGUUUAAGGGAAGCCAUGAGAAAUGAAGGCAUAGAGUUUUCUUUACCUUUGGUAGAAGAAAGUAGAAUCAGAAAACGGAAAAACUCUGAAAUUAAUUUGGAAACAGAAGUUGUUCACAGCCCUGAAGUGGGCAAAAGCCCUGAAGAUGGAGAGGAACCCACUCCAAGUGAUGAUGAUGAAGAAAGUUUCUCUUGGCUUGAGGAGAUGGGAGUCCAAGACAAGGUUAAAAAACCAGAUGCAAUUUCUAUUAAACUCCGUAAAGAGAAAAAUGAAGUGCAAAUGGAUCACAAGCCUGAAUCUGUUGCAUUAAUCAAAGGAACAAACACGUUCACGUUGCUGAACUUCUUGAUAAACUGUAAGAGUUUAGUGGCUGGGGGGGGGGCACAAGCAGGGCUUCCACCAACUUUGUUGUCCCCCAUUGCUUUUCGAGGUGCAACAAUGCAGACACUCAAAGCUCGGAGUAUAAACGCAAAAGCAAGGGCUCACUUGUCAUAUGAAGAUAUAUUCAGUUUGGAGAUCAUAGGCCCUGUCAUGCCUCAUUCUCUGCAUUCUUUGACGAUGCUGCUCAAACCUGCACAGAGAGGAGCUUUCUCUGCAAUAUUAUAUACGCAUGAGCCAACAGCUGUGUUCAACAUGGGUCUUGAUGAUGCAAGCACUGCCCUAAAUAAGGAAGCUGUAUGCAAAGAUCUUUCUAAAUGUGGACUGCAGCCUAAAACGUUGGAUCAACUGAGUCAAUUUCCAACUUUGGGAAAAUCUUCUAUCUGCUUCCUAGAAAUGAAGGACUAUGCUUAUACCUGGAAGUCCUAGAUAUGCUGUUUCAAUUUAAUGGAACAGGAUACUUACUUUCUAGCAUGCAGUUGCUUGUACUUAUGUGGACGGUCUAUGCAAACAGCACCUAUGUAGUACCAGGAGGGAUAUGACCUAAUUGAACAUACAUAAUGGAUUAAAAACUAUUGCACAUGACCCACCAUAAAAUACUUCAAUGGACUCUCAAAGAAAAUUAAGGAAAAGGCCUUCCUUGGACAUCUCCUGUAUUUUAGAAAGCUUUUUUAAAAUAAAAUUUUAUAAAAUAUAA